AUGGCGGAGCUGCUGGCUGAAUGAUUUUUACAAUACCAACGGGUCCUAAAAACCCUGUUCUGUGGAUGCUCCUGGAGACUGGGAGAAAACCAGCCGUUUGCGCCCAAGGGUGCUCAAUUCAGUCUGAAUCCUACCACAGCACAUCACUGAGGUCUCCACCUGUGGCUCGGUGUGAUGAAACUCUGAGAAACAGCUCCCCUCUGUCCCUUCCUUGGCUUGGCACCUCCAACUGGCCGCACCAACUUGGUGGGAAGCACAUGGUGGUCGCCACGACCACCGCGGAGGUGCACUGACACCGUCACCUCUCCUCCCCUGUCCAGUCUGCCUGUCACCGGCAAACCGUAGCGAUGAGCUCUCACAGUCGACCAGGUGGCUUGAGCAGCAAGGAGCAGCCUCUGGAACUUCUUAAACCAGCCGCACUCAACCAUUUCGUGGACGUGAGCACAGCAGCGCUGCCCACGCAGGUGCCCCCCACCACCACAGCCAUCCUUCCCAUGGACCUGCGCGUAGUGGACCACCCUCACCACCACCACCACCAGCAGCCCUCCUUUGGCCUGGUUCCCCAAGCCCACCCUAUACCGCCCACCUCCACAGCUUGUCCCACGUCAGCCGAGCCAGGCCAUGGGCCAGUCAUCAGCCACCAGGAGCAGCAGCUGCAGCAGGAGCUAGUGGCACUGAAACACAAGCAGCAACUCCAGAGACAGCUACUGAUUGCAGAGUUCCAGAGGCAGCAUGAACAGCUGUCACGGCAACAUGAAGCCCAGCUGCAGGAACAUAUCAAGCACCAACAGGAUUUACUGGCACUCAAGCACCAACAGGAGCUGUUGGAGCAUCAGAGGAAAAUGGAGCAGCAGCGUCAUGAGCAGCAACUGGAGAAGCAGCAGCGGGAACACAAACUUCAACAGCUCAAAAACAAGGAGAGGGGACAAGAGAGUGCGGUUGCCAGUACAGAAGUAAAGAUGCGACUUCAGGAGUUUGUCCUGAACAAGAAGAAAGCCCUGGCUCAGCGAAAUCUAAACCACUGUCUGCCCAGCGACCCACGCUACUGGUAUGGAAAAACCCAGCACAGCUCUUUGGACCAGAGCUCUCCUCCUCAAACAGCAUUGUCAGCGUACAACCACCCAAUGCUGGGCACAUAUGACUCAAAAGACGACUUCCCUCUCCGCAAAACAGCCUCUGAACCCAACCUGAAGCUUCGUUCCCGGCUAAAGCAGAAGGUGACUGAGCGCCGCAGCAGCCCUCUUCUCCGCAGGAAGGACGGUCCAAUCACUACUGCCAAGAAGCGUUCCCUUGACGUGGCUGAGUCUGCAUGCAACAGUGCACCAGGCUCUGGACCUAGCUCACCCAACAACAGCUCCAGCAACAUCCCCAGUGAGAAUGGGGUCAUCUCCAGCAGCCCGGGAGAGACCUCCCUGCUUCAGAGAUUGGCUGCAAGGGAAGGUUCAGUUAGCCAACUCUCUCUGUACACCUCCCCUUCUCUGCCCAACAUCACCCUGGGACUGCCAGCCACAGGGCUCGCUAACACUGUGGUAUCGGGACACCAAGAUGGUGAGAGUCAUCUGCCUGCGUUACAGCAGGGCAUUCCUCUGACCCCUCCUUUCCUGCCCACUGCCCACCUGCCCUCCUACUUGGCAGCGCAGGACAGGGAGGGGGCUGGAGGGGGCACGACUGGUCACAACCCCCUUCUCCAACACAUGGUACUGCUGGAGCAGAGCCAUAAUCCAAUGGUUGGUCUGGGUGGUCUUCCGCUACCAUCACCCUCUGUCUCCAAACUUGCACGGAGCCACCGUCCCUUGGGGAGAACCCAGUCGGCCCCUCUGCCACAGCAGCAGUGUGGACAGGCCCAGGCCCUGCAGCAGCUGGUGGUCCAGCAGCAGCACCAGCAGUUCCUGGAGAAACACAAACAACUGUUCCAACAGCAGCAGCAGCAGCACAUCAUCAACAAGAUAAUGUCCAAGCCCAGCGAUCAGGUGUCAGCCGCAGGCUCCAGCACCUCAGGGCCAGCCAGGCAGCAUCAGAGUCACCCAGAGGAGACAGAAGAGGAACUGAGAGAGCACCAGGGGCUGUCCUCCUCAUCCUCGUCCUCCUCCUCUACCUCCGUGCAGGAGACCGGGCCGCUACGGGGGCUGGUCAUUAAGCAGGAGCCCCCAGACCUCCAGGAGCAGGAAGAGGUGGAGCAGAGGGAGAGACAGACCGAGCAGGAUUUCUUAUUCAGACAGCAGGCUCUGCUGUUAGAGCAGCAGCGGAUUUACCAAUUGAGGAAGUACCAAGCCUCCAUGGAAGCAGCCGGCUUAUCAGUCAGCUUUGCUGGACACCGUCCCCUCUCCAGGGCUCAGUCAUCUCCAGCCUCAGCCACCUUCCCCAUGGUAGUGCCGGAGCCACCUUCCAAGCCUCGAUUUACUACAGGUCUGGUAUAUGACUCUUUGAUGCAGAAGCACCAGUGUAUGUGUGGUAACACCACCAGUCAUCCAGAGCACGCUGGUCGCAUCCAGAGUAUUUGGUCCCGACUUCAGGAAACAGGCCUUAGGGUGCACUGUGAGUGUAUCCGUGGUAGGAAGGCCUCACUGGAGGAGUUACAAACAGUCCACUCUGAAGCCCACGUCUUGCUCUAUGGAACUAACCCACUGCGACAGAAACUGGACUGUUCAGUGAGUCCCAUGUUUGUGAGGUUACCAUGUGGAGGCAUAGGGGUGGACAGCGACACCAUUUGGAAUGAGGUCCAUUCAUCCAGCGCAGCUCGUCUGGCUGUUGGUUCAGUGGUGGAGCUGGUCUUCAAAGUGGCAUCAGGAGAACUGAAGAAUGGUUUUGCUGUAGUUCGACCACCUGGACACCAUGCUGAGGAGAGCACGCCUAUGGGGUUCUGUUACUUCAACUCAGUCGCCAUCGCAGCCAAGCUCCUGCAGCAGAGGCUCAACGUCAGUAAGAUCCUCAUUGUGGACUGGGAUGUUCACCAUGGAAAUGGCACCCAGCAGGCCUUCUACGCUGACCCCAGUGUUCUUUACCUGUCACUGCAUCGCUACGAUGAUGGAAACUUCUUCCCAGGCAGUGGAGCACCUGACGAGGUGGGCAGUGGAGCAGGUGUAGGCUUCAAUGUGAACAUGGCCUUUACUGGAGGACUGGAACCUCCCAUGGGUGAUGCAGAGUAUCUGGCUGCGUUCAGGACAGUGGUUAUGCCUAUUGCCAAUGAGUUUGCCCCAGACGUGGUUCUGGUAUCUUCAGGCUUUGAUGCGGUAGAUGGACAUGCUCCACCCCUGGGAGGAUACAGACUGACAGCCAAAUGCUUUGGCUACCUGACCAGGCAGCUGAUGGGUCUGGCAGGCGGUCGGUUGGUGCUCGCCCUGGAGGGGGGUCAUGACCUCACAGCCAUAUGUGAUGCCUCCGAAGCCUGCGUCUCUGCUCUGCUUGGCAAUGAGUUGGACCCCAUUCCUGAUGAGGUGCUGCAGCAAAGACCAAAUGCCAAUGCUGUUCACUCUAUGGAGAAAGUUAUUGAGGCUCACAAUAAAUACUGGCGCUCACUGCAACGCUCCGCCUCCACACUUGGUUGCUCAUUGAGCGAAGCCCUCCGGCGUGACGCAGAGGAAGCCGAGACCGUCUCUGCUAUGGCCUCGUUGUCUGUGGCCAACAAGCAUAUGGGAAAGAGGACUGAAGAGGAACCAAUGGAAGAGGAAGCUCCUAUGUAAAGAAACAUCCCUGGCCUUUGACCACUCAGACUUUAUCUUUGACAGUGUCCUCAUCCAGUCAAUUUCAAUUUAAAUGCCACUCCUAUGUCUACUAUGUCUCACCCCUGCCAUAUCAAGAUGGCAUCUUGUCACGGGAGAGUACAAGCAGAGAUGACAAAAGUGGCAGUCAAAGGAAACGGAAAACUGAGGAUGAGCAAUGCAUUCACUGAUCAGCAGUGCACAGACUGAUCAGCAUAAAUGUGUUGUAUUGUCUCUUCAGGACCUUGGAUAUAAGAGGAUUAACCCAAUCAUCCCACAGUGACAACCUCGAGUGCCAGUGCUUUUAAAACACUAUAUAGAUGUACUUUUUGAAUGCCAGUCAGAACCAUGCACAGAUGACCUGCAGUCAUCUAUUUAUCUCUUUAUCCUCUUUUUCUUUUUUUUGUGCUUUAUCAUCAUCUUCUCACUUUCAUCAAAAACCACCAGAGCUAAUGUGAUUGUGACUCUGCACCUCUGCACUAAGGAUGGAUCAUUCCUGCUCUUUUAAGAUAUCCGGAUGAAAGGAACAAAGCGGUCUAAUUUUUUGCUGUUUUCUAAUGUGGUUUGGAGAUCACAGAUGAGAAAUAUCAGCAGGGUUUCUGAUCCCAGAAUGAUUGACAGUAAAAGACUGUGCGCUUGUGCCUUUUUUUUUAAACAAACAAACAAACCUGGUGGAAUUUCUGUUGAACUCUACUGAAAGAGAUUUGCCUUAAAAAUACAGGUUUGGGAACAAACCCUCUUCUCUCCAGCCCUUUUGAGCAUUUCUAGCUUGGCAAGACAUCCUAUGCCUGCAUGUUGUUGGCACAUAGACUGGAGGACCUUGGCAUGUUUACCUAUAACUCCCUGCAGCCAGCCCACUGUCUCUCCCUGCACCUCCAUCCCCCCUCCCCCUUCAUUUUCAAUCUCAGCUUGGAAGGUAGUUCCCAGCCACAGGUUGGAGUUGGUUCAGUUCAAAAGGAAGUUUAUGGUAGGAUUAGUAUUACUCAGUGUAACCGCGUAUCACAUAGGCAUCAGUUCUCCUCAAGGGAGGAAUUAAGUAGCAUGCACUGUACUAGAGCAACAGGACUUCUGAAAACUAGAAUGCUGUUCAUACUGUAUGUAGUAGUUAGACAAUAGUGAAGCCAAAGCAUGAUGGACUAUCAUCUCUGUAGAGUCAAACCACUUACAAUCACAAGCAUAUACACAGAUUUACCUGUAACAAUUUUAUAUUUCAAGCAGCCUCACUUUUUGUAGAGGGAUAGAGAGGAAUUAAUCUUAUAUGGGCCAAUUCAUCGAACCAGCCCUCUCUUUAAGACAACAGUGUCUCCGUGGUAACAGGGGCCAUACCACCUGGGAUUUUCCAGAGGGGUGUUCCAGGGCCACACUUGCUCUCACAGCUGGUUCAACAUCUUAUGCCCCUUGUUAAGCACAUCUGCUCCCCAAAUGUCAGGUGCUACGAGGCAGGUGUGUGUAUGUCUGUUCAAAAACAGUGAAGCACAAGCUGCUCUUUCUAAAUAUUCAAGUGUAUACACAUAUUUUUAUAGUUGUCUUUUUUUUUAAUCCUCAUUUUUCUUGACCACUGAUACAGCUGUUGGGAUAAGGUCAUGCAUUAAGAAUAACCUUCUUGCAACUUCACAUAGCACAUGUAGCUCAGAUUCUCCUCUGGAUAAAUCCUCCUCGAGUGUUGGGUGUCAAAAGAUUUUAUAUAUUAAACCUGAAUACUGUAUCAAAUCUGCCUUAUAAAUCUGAAUCCUUUGGAAUCAGUAAUAAAUAUCUUAAUAUUUAAGAAGACAUGCGGCAAAAGAUUGGUUAGAGUUUCAUUAUACUUGGUGCUUAUUGAAUUUGGGUUCUUUAACGACAUGGAACUUAACGUAAACAUUACUGGCUAUCAGUGCCCAACCCUACUAUCCAGAUUAUACAAAACACCAGCCACCAGCCUAGUUGUAGUAAAAUCUGUUUUUCCAUUUUGGCAGAUAAAAGACUUUUUUUUGUUUUUUCCCUUUACACAUCUGAUGGUGACUAUACCAGCCGCUGUGCACUCUGUGGCCAGUGUGCAACAGUUAACUUCCUGUCUGUAACCAUCCUUCCAACGUGUGUUUGGCCUCUGGGCAACUACCUUCUGUCUUUGUUUCAUCAAAAAAAAAAAAAAAAGCUAAUCACAUGUUUAAUGUAUUUUUUCAGUGAACAGAAACAGAGUGCUGUGGUGUUUACUGUUGUUUACUGUACAUAGGACAUUGAUCUCCUGAGUAUUACUGCCACACACACAUUUGUCAAUGACUACUCUACUUUAGAUUCUCGAUCCUCUCAUUCGUGUCUUUUUCCUCUGGUUUUUUGUUGCCCUUUCGGUGGACUCCAGUGACUUCUUUUUGUACUUUUUAAAUGUGUUCUCCUGUUUCUUUAUACACUUGGCUCACUUUCGCCUCUGUUUUUCUGUUACAUUGUAAAGCUGACAUACUUCACAACAGGUGAGGGUUCAGACUCACUUUUUAGUGGAUAUUACAUGACUAUGUUUUCUGGGUUUGGGGUUUUUUUGUGGGAGGGUUGGGAGGCAAAUGUUUCUACUUUGUAUAAUGAUGGACAAUUGUGUAUUUACUGUCUGUUCAUAGUAGAUUUAUAUAUAAAAAGAAAUGAGUAUAUUAUAUAUAUAUAUAUAUAUCUAAACAUAAUGAAAUACUAUGAUCUUGUUUUUGAAGUUGAUAUUGAAACCUUCAUACAGUUGGCCCUCUUUAGGGUGUACUGAAGGCGCCAUUUGCUGUACUCGGUUACAGUUUGUUACGUGUUGUUUAUGUCUUUCAACACUGAUUACUAGUUUUGGGCUUUAUACAUCCCAUUGGUACCAUAACACUGUUACAGUAGGUGUGCGACUGCCCUCUGCCCAGCCUCACAUAUUCAUACUGCUCCACACUUUCUUGAUUUAAGUGUGUAGAUGGUGUUAUGUAAAAAUACAAAUUUUAGCUGGCACUUCUAAAAUAUUACUAUUUUAAGAAAAACAAGACUAAGAUUCGAUAUCUAGAUUGUACACAUCUAAAAAAUGACCAAAGUGGUGAUCCAUUGCUUCACAUUUGUUCCUCUUCCUUACAGCUUUACAAUUUCAUCUUCUGACAUCUUUGAAAGAACGAGAAAAAUGGGAAGGGUGGAUUUGAAUAGGAACAGGACCAUGCUCUUCCCCUGCAUUAAAUCACUGUGAUGGGCCUUGAAAAUGAUUCCACAUGAUCAUCGUUUAUUUCUUAUCAGGCCCAGUGUCCUGAGUUUUAUUUUAAAUUAACAUUCCUUUGAAUUCAUCGAGCUCAUGAGCUCACAUUCAUCAGCGUAGUGAUGACUCUGGGUUUCUGGGUGGCCUGGUGUUUACUAAGACUGUCCUGUAUCCAGAAGAUCACAGGUGCUUGAUCCCUCAUGUCUUUCCUUUCUCACGGGACGCAAAAAUACCAUUCCUGGCUUCUCUGGCUCUAGGGCCAAUUUUUUUAACUGCCAUUUUUUAAAAACAAUAUCUAUGUCUUAAUAAAAAUGUGUGAUUACAUUGUUACUUGCUGAUUGAAAUUUCCAGUUUCAAAUUUUCAAAUCUCAAUCAAUCAGACUUGCAAGGAAUAAGUUUUCUCAUUUUAACUGAAUGCAUCUGAUCACUAAUGGCAAAGUGAUGCUGUCUCUUCCUGCAGAUGCACCUUUGAGGUCACAUGUCUCUAAAUCACCUCCGUGGCAUCCUUUCCCAUGGCUCCUGCAGAUGGCCAGAGAUGUCAAAGGUCAUUUUAAGCAGCUCCCACUUUGUAAGUUUGCAAGAACAAAGGAAAAUGUAUGGACGUGCAGUAAAUCGUAUGCCAUGAAGUAGGUUUUACCCAAGAGAUAACUAAGGUCCGAGUGUUUAAUCACAUCUUAAGUUUUAUUUUAUGUGGUUUUGAAGUACAUCACUUUCUCCUGAAUGUUUUGUCAUAUUGGGACAAUUUGUUUCAAGGACUAUAUUCACAUUAUCAUAAGCCUUCACCCAUACUGAGAUAUUUGUGGUUCGGAUGUGAAAAUACAUAAAAUCAGGCUGUCCUGUCCUGAAUAUCACUUUUACUGGGACAUGCUGACAUCUCUGUGCAUUUAAAUAACAUCGAUGAAUUGCUUUUCAGUAACCCAGCUCAGAACAUUCCCAGAACCUUUGCAAAACAGUGCCAGUCAUGGGUUUUCUACUGUUGAAUGCUUUGGUUUCUCUAAAGGAGCCAAAACUAGCACAUUCUGGCUGCUCCAGCCGUCUGUCUUCACUGUUAGUCUUAACACAAUGUCCAGUAACAAAAAGAGUAGCGGCAUUCCAUGUUGUUAUAAUUUCCAUUCAUUAGGAGGGGGCUAACAUCUUUGUUUUAACCCUCCUAGUCCUGUCCAGCCAGGUCCAAGAGCUGUCCGUUUAUUUAGGUGGCCUGGUCCAGCUCCACUUCAUUCCUCUGUGCUCUCUGCAUGAUCCAUAUGUCUGCAUGCACUGCCUACCUGUCUGUCUCCCUGUCUCAUACCACAUAUCAGCACAAGGGAUCGAGCACUGAAGGGCAUUAGUACUUUCACUGUAUCCACACUGUUUUGUCUCUUUUACUGCUUUUGUGUUUCUGGUUGCGGGGGGGAGGGGGUGGGGAGGUUUGGGUGCUUUCCAUGUUGUACUUUUACUUGUAGCAUAUGGAAUCAUCAAACCUGAAAAACUUAAGUUGAAUAUUUUACAAAAAAAAAGAAAAAAAAAUAUCUAGCACUUGUAACACAGACAAUAGAUUUUA